AUGCCUAUCGACUGGAAGAAGAUCAAGGCUUUCCUCUGCUGCGGCGACGAAGAAGACACCCUCUUGCUCAUCAGCGGACCGACUGAUUUCAAGCGCAUCAACGUUGAGCUCGCCGGCCUUACUGAGCAUGAACGUGAGCUCAUCAACAACCGCCCAGUCCCUGUCACCUAUCCCUUGAACACCAAGGAGUCUGAGGGCGACGCUCGUCUGGAGCGUGCUGUCGCUCACACCAGAAGCCUAAGCAACACGAUCAAGUCAGUCACCACCACCGCAAUGUCGACCGUCGGAGCUAAGAGCUCUGGAUACUCAGCACUCGCUAACGAGACUUCUUUCAUGAUGCAGCCCUUGAACUUCGAAGCCGCCGACUCUACCGAAAUAAGGCAGCUGCUGCCGCACAGCGCGGACGGCGUGAAGACCAGCAGCAGCAUGGAAACUGCUAUGGCGGGCUGUGAAGAGGACGACGACGAUGCCAGAAGCUUUGCGAUGAACAAGUGA